AUGGCUUCAAACGAGAAUUCUACCCCGGCAACCGGAAUUGCCGACGGUCUUGCGCCGUCGCACACCUAUGUGCCCAACGAAGGCUAUGUGAACCCCGAUAACGCAGACUCCGCUGAGGCGGGGCAAGAUCUGCCCGAAAAUUAUGAAGAAGAUGAAGAAGACGAGGACUACGACGAUAUUUUCGACGAGGAAUUGGAUCGCGAAGAUAUCUUGUCCUCUGACAACAGCGAUCUCACAAAAGCCUACAACCGCCAGCGCAGAAUCAACGAUCUCGCUGCCGACUCCAAUGUGCCGAGAUGGACCUACCCAAAGACGAACACCCAGAAGCCUACUGUGAACACCUCGGCCUCCAUCGAUGAUCAAGUCAAGUCUCUCACUCGGCAUGCGGGAAAGAUCAAACUCGAUGAUCAACAAGCUGGUCUUUCGGGUCGCGCUGAGAAGGGCGCAGAUAAAGCAGACCGAGCCACGUCGGAACAAGUGUUGGAUCCUCGCACACGGAUGCUGUUGCUGCAAAUGAUCAACAGAGGUCUUGUCUCAGAAAUUCACGGAUGUUUGUCUACCGGAAAGGAAGCCAACGUCUACCAUGCCAUGUCCAUUUCGCAAGAGGACGACGAGGCUCCCCCGCUGCACCGCGCUAUCAAGGUCUACAAGACAAGUAUUCUGGUCUUCAAGGACCGUGACAAGUACGUCACUGGCGAGUUCCGUUUCCGUCAGGGAUACAACAAGAGCAACAACCGGGCCAUGGUCAAAAUGUGGGCCGAGAAGGAGAUGCGAAACUUGCGCAGAAUCCACGCCGCUGGCAUCCCCUGUCCCGAGCCUAUCUAUCUUCGUCUGCACGUCCUUGUUAUGGGAUUCAUCGGUAGCUCUAAGGGCCUGGGUGCUCCUCGUCUCAAGGAUGUUGAGUUCAGCAUUCCCGAGCCUGAGACCCGCUGGCGUGAACUGUACAUGGAAUUGUUGGGCCACAUGCGCGUUAUGUACCAGACUUGCCACCUGGUUCACGCCGAUCUGAGCGAGUACAACAUUCUCUACCAUAAGGAGCGUCUGUAUAUCAUUGAUGUCAGUCAAAGUGUUGAGCACGAUCACCCGCGCAGUUUGGAAUUCCUGCGCAUGGAUAUCAAGAACGUUAGCGACUUCUUCCGCCGCAAGAACGUCAUGACUCUCCCUGAGCGCACUGUGUUCAAUUUCGUUAUCUCUCCCGAAGGCCCGACUGAGAUCACCGCCGGAAAUGAUGAAAUGAUCAGCGCCAUUGACAAGCUACUUGUGGCUCGUGAAGAGGGCACCGAUGAGCAGCAGGAUGCGGAUGAUGUCGACACUGCCGUUUUCCGCCAACAAUAUAUCCCCCAGACACUGGAGCAGGUGUACGAUGUUGAGCGUGAUGUCGAGCGUAUCCGCGAUGGCACAGGCGAUGACCUUGUCUAUGGAGACCUCCUGGCAGCUGGCAAGAAGAAGGAUGCUGCCGAUGCUGAUGAAGACGCCGAGUCUGAUGCAAGCGGUGGUGUCUCUGUGUCAGGAUCUGGCUCUGAUGACGAGGAUGAUCCAUUCGCCAAGAAGCCUCCUCGGGGCAAGCGUUUUGAAGACAAAGACUCCAAGCGCGAUCAUAAGGCAAAGGUGAAGGAAGAGAAGCGCGAACAGCGGGCAAACAAGAUGCCCAAGCACUUGAAGAAGAAGCUUGUUUCUUCGUCUGCGCGGAAGAAGCACUAA